AUGACGAACACACGUUCGACGUCUGGUACCUCCCAAAUGUCGCCGCGUCAACCACAGUCUCAGCCUUACGGCAUGCCUCAACAUCAAUCUGCACCAGAACAGCCCCAGUUGGAAGCAAACCCGGUGCUAAUAGAGGUACAGGUCGGCGAGGUCGGUACACAAGGACCGACUCCCAGACCCCUGUCGAGUACAACAACUGCUGCAAUUCGUCCACCUCCACACAGUGAGCCACCAAACGUGACAAACAUGGCCAUGGGAGCAAUCCUUCAAAGGUUGCAAGAGAUGGAAAACAGAUUCCUGACCCAGCAGCGCGUACAUCAGAACGUCGAAGGCAUCCAGCAUCUGAAUGCUGAAAACCUCCAGCAUCAAAACGUUGGAGAUCGACCUAGAAGGCGCGGCAAUUCUGGCGAUGGAGCACCGCGGCAACAGAACGCAGCCACACUCGAAGGAAACACGCACAAUGAGCAGAACCUUAACCUCGGUAACAACCGGAAUGGCGGUGGCCCGAACGACUACCAGGACAAAAAUUAUCUGGAGGAUGAAGAGGCUAGUGAUAGCCCAUUCACUGAGAGGCUCAUGAACUUGGCCAUACCACCGAGAUUCAAGAGCACCAGGAUACCUCCAUACGACGGAAGUCAGGACCCAGAAGCCCAUUUGGAGGCUUUUAAAACCGAGAUGCUAUUCAACGGGAUCACUGGACCUAUUAAGGCCAGGAUCUUUGCGACAACGCUUCCUGGUCAAGCAAUGACCUGGAUAACCAGGCUCCCUAGGAACUCAAUCGACUCAUUCGAGGACCUAGCUCGGACUUUCCGACUUAACUUUGCAACAAGCAAAGUACAUCCGAUGCCAGCCUAUGCUUUGGGAAGAAUCCGGCAGAAGGAGAACGAAUCGCUGAGGAAGUACCUCGACCGGUUCAAAGAUGCCGCCCUCAACGUACGAGGGCUACCCGAAGCAGUACACCUCCACUUAAUCAUCUCGGGAUUGGAUGGCGACUCCCCAUUGGCGAGAUCUAUAUAUAAGAACCCGGUGAAUGAUCUGGAGGAGUUCAGGAGGAGGUCGGACAAAUACAUUGACGUGGAGGACAUGCAAAAGGUUUAUGUCGAGUCACGAGGACGAAGCCCUCCACGUCGGAGCCCGAGUAGGAAAAACAACAAAGACCGGGACCAGAAGGGAUCCAAAAAAGCAAAGGACGCUCGUGAUAAAAGGUCGGAAGAACGAUCACCAAGGAGAAGGUAUGACGACUAUACACCCUUGAGCGUGUCCAGAUCCAAGAUAUGGAAAGAGGUAGCACAGACCGAAAUGCGCAACGUCGAGAGACCUCGACCUCUCAAAGCCAAGUUCGGAUUAGAUAGAAGCAAAUACUGCGCAUUCCAUGACCAAAACGGUCACUAUACGGAUGAUUGCUGGGACCUCCGAGAUGCAAUUGAAAAACACGUCAGGGAGGGAAAGUUAAAGCAGUAUAUCAUCCGAACACAAGGCAAGAAAAAUAAUAAGCGCAAGCAAAGUAGCCGAAGCCGAAGUCGAAGCCCAAAGAGAGAGGAUCGAAAGGACCAAAGAAAAGACCGACCUUCCAAAGGCAAAGAG